AAAAAAGAAAAAUGAAAAAAAUCUUCGUCCAAGUUAGCAAAACUAAUAGGGCUAUAUAUUAUGGUCUAUAUAUAAUGAAUACUUUGAGAGAGAAACGGCGAUCCAGCGUGAGAUAGUAGAAGUUAUGGAGCUGCUAAUGCUUUUCUUGAGAGUUAUGCUCACAGUUGCUUUGCUAGGCCUGAUUAGCGUUCUGUUCAAACUGUGCGACGCUCUCGCUCUAAAGCCAAGAAGGCUUCGCUCAAUUCUUCAAAAGCAAAGCAUUAGUGGUCCUACCCCUUCGUUUUUGCUUGGAAACAUCCCGGACAUGGUGAAGAAACAACCUACAGUCUCAAAGCCACCACAAGAAGAUGAAGACAAGGGGAUGAUCCACAAUUGUCCUCCUCUAAUCUUUCCACACUUGGUCCAAUGGAGCAAAGAAUAUGGUCCUAAAUUUGUGUUCUCCCUUGGAAACAUACCAUUUUUGUACUUGAACGAACCUGAGGUGCUCAAGGAAUUCAGCAAAUACACUCCAUUGAACAUCGGAAAGCCAUGCUACGUUAAGGCAAUGUUUGAUCCUCUGGUUGGCACAGGCAUUGCUCAUGCAAAUGGGACAGCUUGGGCUCAUCAAAGAAAACUCAUUGCCCCUGAAUUUUUCAUGGAUAAGGUCAAGGGUAUGACGAAGUUGAUGGUAGAAUCGGCGGCAACUACAGUAGUGAAGCCGUGGCAUAGUCUCAUUGAAAUAGAGGGUGGAGUUGCUGACGUUAUCAUUGAUAACUAUAUGACUAACUUCUCCAGAAAUGUGAUCUCAAGACUAUGCUUCGGGAACAAUCAUUCUGAAGGGGAACAAAUAUUCUUAAAGCUUAAGGCUCUUGAAGAAAUUAUGUCUAAGCAAGGCCCAUUAUAUGGAGCUUUUCCUAUGCUGAGAUAUAUUCCUACCGAGAGUAACAGAGAAACAAGCAAAUUAAAAAAAGAGAGCCGAGCAUUAAUUCUAAAGAUGAUAAAUGAAAGAAAAGACAAGACAACAGAUAAAGACCUGCUACAAUUGAUACUUGAAGCUGCUGAAAAAAGCGGUCUGAGUAAAGAUGCAACAGAAUCCUUUGUUGUUGACAACUGCAAGACAAUGUACUUGGCUGGAUACGAUACCACUGCCUCAUCCGCAAUGUGGGUUUUGAUGUUGCUAGCCUCCAAUCCAAUAUGGCAAGCGAAAGCUAGAGAAGAAGUGCUCCAAAUCUGUGGAGGACAAAUGCCCGAUAACGAAAUGCUUCCCAAGAUGAAAACAUUGACAAUGGUAAUUCAAGAGUCUCUACGCCUCUACCCUCCGGCGCCAGUUAUAACCAGGGAGGCACUAGAAGAUGUGAAGUUUUGCGGUGUCCAUGUCCCUAAGGGGGUCAACAUUUGGAUCUUGACAAUAGCACUGCACUAUGAUCCUGAAAUAUGGGGACCUGAUGUUAACAAGUUUAACCCCGAAAGGUUCGCUAAUGGUGUGAGUGGCUCAUGCAAACUGCCCCAUGUGUAUGUUCCUUUUGGUGCAGGACCGCGUGUGUGUCUGGGACAACAUUUUGCCAUGGCAGAACUCAAAAUUCUUCUUGCUUUGAUAUUGUCCAACUUCUCAUUUUCUUUAUCACCAAAGUAUAAGCAUUCUCCGGUUAUCAAGGUGGUUAUGGGGCCUAAAGAUGGAAUGAAUUUGAUCAUCAGAAAGCUUUAAGAUUUUAGUUUGUUUUCAUUUCUUUUGGAUUUUUAGGGACAUUUUAACUUGUAUUUUAUAUAGUUUUUCAAGUGUGUUACCACGUUUCCUUUAUAAUAAGAUUAGAAUUCACUAUAAGUUUCCAUUAA